CUGUCCCUGUCUUUUUCUUGCUCUCCCUGAACUGUAGUGUAUUCUGACAUUCUCCACAUGGCACAGUAUGUGUUAGUCCAUAAUUGACAGUUUGGUAUGCUGUGGCCUGGAACAAACCAGAACCCAGAUAGACACUUUAGAACAUGAAAACCUUCAUUUGCAAACAGCACACCUGUGUUUGCAAGCUUAAAGAGGGCCCCAUACCAAUAAGAGAAAACAGGAAAUGAGUCCAUUGAUGUGUUUUAUCUCUGGGUGAAGACAAAUCCCAUGCAAACAUGAAUGAAUGGCUGAUGUGUCAUCUAAUGCCCCUCCAUCUUUCACAAAUUACUACUGUAUUGUGUACCAGGCGUGGCCAGAUAUAGUACAUUUCCUGUCAUUUCUCUCUCUCCCUCUCUCUCUCUCUCCUUUCUUUCUUUCUUGUUCUUUCUGUCUUCUGGCCCGAGGACAGCUGAAGGGAGCCUCCAGAUAGUUUACUUGCAUCCCUGACAUUCUGAGCAUUCCACCUUCUUUUUUACUCUUUCUAAAUGUCCUUCUCUCAACAUAACAACAGAGAGAGAGAGAGAACUAGGAGUGACACUCAGCAUUGGGGAAGUCAGUUAAUCUCUGUGUAUGUGAACGGCUCAGCCCUUCCCUCCAGGCUAUGCUCAAACCCUACAUCCCUGCCUAAGCUCUUUGUUCUGCCACCUCUGGUCUCUUGGCUAUUCUACCCCUCAGCUCCCCCUCAGCGUGGUCCAAGUUCUUCUCUGUCCUGGCACCCCAAUGUUGGACCUGCGCUUCCCCUUGAAUUGAUACGUGUUGGGAGUGAUGCACUGGCUUCCCCUGGUUGCCAUGGUGAUUGCCUCGGCCCUGCCCUUCCCUCACAGCCCUGUGGCCAGUACUGUUGCUGUGGUAACAGAGCCUGGCAGAAGCCUGGACAACCACACAGAGAACCUCGAUGACUCCAACGCCACACUUCCUGCAUCUCAGGCCCCCAUGGACUACAACUCCCACAAUAAUGCCUCACAUAAGGACUACAAUAUGACUAUUCCUGGCAAAGCAUACAAUACAGAACACCUCAGCACAACAGGUGUGGAUAAGAAAUUAAAUUACCCCUCUAAAAUUAAGGAAAGGGCCCAAGCUUUGAAAUGGAAGCAAAAACAACAACGGUAUCAGUCAAAAAGCAAUUUUCAUAGAGAAAACAUAAACAGUGUGGGACUAAACGUAGAUUCUAACACGGAAGUAGAAAGACUCAGGAGCACCAACGGCAGUGAGCGUCAGUACUACUCCUCCCAGGAUAAUUACGUACUAGAGGACUAUAAAUCAGAGAGCAGCAGAGCUGGAGAUGACAUUAGCCCUCGUCACUCUCCAGACACCAGGACUGAUAAAGAUGAUCUCAGACCUCCCAGGCUGUCAGAGAAAAGCCUGGGAGGUUUACAGGAAGAGGAGGAACUGCUGUUUUUAGAUGCCCAUCCGCGGGUCCUGUUCUCCCCCUCUAAUUCUCCUCCAAAGCACCCGCCCCUCCUCCUGAUGUUGGAGACGGGUAUGCUGCCCGAGGAAGGAGAGGAUGAGGAGGAUGAGGUGGCAGAUGCAGACGGACACACAGAGGGUCACGGGGACAGAGAGACGGAGAGGAGCGUGCCACAGAGCCGGGUAGACGCCCCCGGGGGUUCCCCCCACCCCGCCCCCAGGCUGAAGCGCUCGCACCUCUCUCACACCGAGAAGCCCGUGUGCGACGUGCAGAGUGACUGGGUGAUGGACAAGAAGAUGGCCAUCGACAGUUACGGCCGCACGGUGAGCAUCGUGCCCUUCAUCAAGACGGCCACGGGCCCCCUCAAGCAGUACUUCUACGAAACCACCUGCCGCAGGCCGGAGCAAAAGACGAACGGGGCGCUGCCGCAAGGGGCCGGGGCGUCCGCGGGGGAGGCGACAAAGGACUUGGGCGUGAACGGGAACAGUUGCCUGGGCGUGGACAAGAAGCAGUGGGUGAGCGAGUGUAAGGCCAAACACACCUACGUCCGAGCCCUGACAUCCGACGCCAACGGCCUGCAGGGCUGGAGGUGGAUCCGCAUCAACACGUCCUGCGUUUGUGUUCUACUGUCCCGAGUCAAAAGGCAUCACAGGGGAGGAUAGCGACGGGAGGCGCGGCGGACGUUAGCGAGCGUAAUGCUCGGGACAGUGGAUGCGCGCGUGCGCGCGUGCAUGUGUUAGGUGUGUGUUACUCCGGCCCUGGCUCUGUCAGCUCUAUGGCUGAGCCUUUCCUGAUGGACCACAGUGGCCGUCAGUCUGUGUUUCUUCCCUCCAUCCAGUCCUGUCCGCCUCUACCCAGGCCUCACUCGGAAUUACAGACCUCUCCAUUCAUCAGGCAUAGUGCAAGUGACUACACGAAAACAAGAAAACCUCAAUGAUAGAACCUAGGGAAAACUGUUAUAUGAAAUAGGGAUUUUGUAAAAGUACUGUUUGUUUCCCAAUAUUGUUUUUAUAUCACACGUUAUUGCUGAUUAAUACUGUAUGUAAGCAUGAAUGUUUGAUAUUAAUAUAUUUCUUUAUACAUGUACAAUAUGUGAACAGUUUGCUUUUAUCUAUGUAUGAAAGUAUAUUUCUAUGUAUAUUUAUAGAGAAAGGUACUUAUAGAUUUUGUUGUUACAUGACUUGAGCGAUGAUUCCCGCCUCCGGCUUCUCUGAACAGGAUAGAAAGGUGCCCCCUGGUGACAUUUUAUUCUAAGCCCUGACCAUAACCAGUUCUCCUGUGUGAAGCCAUCAAGAGAACAUUCUUAGCCCUGACCAUAACCAGUUCUCCUGUGUGAAGCCAUCAAGAGAACAUUCUUAGCCCUGACCAUAACCAGUUCUCCUGUGUGAAGCCAUCAAGAGAACAUUCUUAGCCCUGACCAUAACCAGUUCUCCUGUGUGAAGCCAUCAAGAGAACAUUCUUAGCCCUGACCAUAACCAGUUCUGCUGUGUGAAGCCGUCAAGAGAAACAUUCUUACGGAGUGCAUUAAUAGUGACGAGUACAAAACAAGAUCCGAGCUCAGUGGCGACUUCGUGACAUCCAUACUGUUGUCACGACAAUAACGCUUCUUCCACAGUGUAGCCAGUCAUUAUCAGAACAGCUGUGUGACAGGAAAGUAUCCAACCUCACAAAUGGUUCUCAAAUAGUCUCCCUGUUGAUCAUUAGAACUGAAGAAUUCCAAUCACCUCUGAUUGCAGUUUGAACUCUGCUCUCUAAUCACAAAGAAGCUAUUGUAAAGGCUUUGUGUUAUGCAGUAAAACAUAUUUAUACA